AUGCUCGUGUACGCUUCGCUGGCGAUCCUGCCCCUUCUUGCCGGGGUGGGCGCAUCGCCGCUUAACAAGAAGGCCACCUUUUCGGUAUCUCGAAAUCCUGACUUCCCGUUGGAUGUGGUCGACGAGCUCGAGGCCAAAGCCAUGCCGGGGGUUGAGACAUGGAUGGCUGGGAAGGACAACGCCAACGGCUGCACGCUUGAAAAUGCUGCGGUCCGUAGAGAAUGGGGUGACUUAUCCGUUGCCGAGCGUGAAGAGUACGUUGCCGCGGUUCUCUGUCUCCAGAAGUUACCAUCCAAGGCGCCCGAGGGAAAGGCACCAGGUGCACUCAGCCGCUUCGAUGACUUCGUUGCCACGCACAUGACACAGGCCAUGAUGCUUCACUCGCCCACCAAUCUCAUGGUCGUGAGUCUUGGCCCCGUGGGAAUCAUCGUCAAUGAUAUCCCCAAGAACCCGCGCUCCGAUGGCCUCGGCUCCAACCCGCGAUGCCUCCGUCGGGACGUGAAUAAAUUUUCGGCGGCCGGCGCCAAGGCCAACUACACGUACAACCUGAUUACGGAGAACGCCGGAAUUGAUGCGUUUUAUAACCGCUACCUCGGGCAGCCGCAGCUGAAGGAUGAUCCCAAUCCUUGGGGGCCCAGUAGAUUUCUACGCUUCCCCGGCGACCCCUACUUCUACUUCCACCACGGCAUGUUGGACCGCGUGUGGUGGAUCUGGCAGAUGCAGGACCCGGCCGCCCGCGUCAACCUUAUUCCGGGUACCGGCGCCCCGGCGAUGAACCAUCCCGGCAUGCCGAUGAACCGUCGGCAGUCGUCCGCGACAAUUGUGGACUUGGGUUGGACGGCGCCGGCGGUGCCCAUUACGGAGCUCAACGAUUCCUUGGGCGGUAACGGCGGCAAGUUUUGCUACGUGUACGUGUGA